AUGGCCGACACUGAGCCGCGUAAGCGCUCGCGCUUUGAUCAAAAGGAGCCCGAGCCCAAGAGGACCUCGCGAUUCGACCGCCGCUCGCGCUCCCCGUCAAACCGAGUAUCCGAGACGAGAGAGCGCAGUCCUGUCAGCAAGACUGACAGCGCUGUCGACCCGGCCGCCGCCGCUGCUGCCGCCGCCGCCAAGAUCAACGCGCAGCUCCAGGCUCGCAAGGGCAUCCAGCACGUCGACGUUCCCCCCAUCCUCGGCGCCACCAGCAACGGCGCCCCCGAUGCGAGCGCAGACUCGACCGCCCCCGAGGGAGGCAAGGGCGCACCUGGCGCGCCGGGCGAGAUGUAUGUGUCGGAUGGCGACUACAUCCAGGACAUCGAGGUCAACGAUCUGCGAAACCGCUACAUGCUGAUGAAGGCUCAAACGCAACAAUCGAUCCAAAAAGAAACUGGAGCUGAUCUCACUGUGCGUGGCAAAUACUAUCCUAACAAGAGCAUGGCCACUGCAGCGGAACCGCCUCUAUAUCUGCACAUCACCGCCAGAACGAAAGAAGUCCUCGAAGCAGCCGUGGCCAAGGUCAACGAGUUGAUCGAGCAGGAGCUUCCCCAGCUGGUCGACGAGCGCCGUUUCAAGCGCCGCGAGAGAGAACAGCCGGAAGGCGAAGAGAAUAGCCGGCGCAACAAAUGGCCAGAAGAGAGUAUUCCCGUCGGUCUCGAGCCCAUUCCCGGCUUCAAUCUUCGUGCUCAGAUUGUCGGUGCCGGCGGCUCCUAUGUCAAGCACAUUCAAACAGAAACGGGAUGCCGUGUCCAAAUCAAGGGCCGCGGCUCGGGGUACAUCGAGCGAGACACUAACCAAGAAAGCGAGGAAGAAAUGUUUCUUCACGUUGCUGGCCCUGAUCAGGCCAUGGUAGAAAAGGGUCGCGAUCUCUGCAAAGACUUGAUCGAAAAUGUCCGUGAGCAGUACGAAGAUUUCAAGAGCCGCCCGCCACGCCAUCACGGCGAUCGUGGCGGCUACAGCGACCGCGGCUAUGGUGGUGACCGCUACGGCGGUGACCGUGGCUACGGCGGGGACAGACGUGGCGGCUACAAUGAUCGCGGCGGUGACCACUAUAGCGGUCGCGGCGGCGGCGGCGACUCGUACCCAGGAUAUGGGAGGCAAAACUCGGACAGCGGCUCUAGAGGCGCCGCUACCGGCACGGACAGCCCGGCCAAUGCAGACUAUAACGCGCAGUAUGCUCAAUACUAUGCACAGGCGGCUGCUAACGGUGAAGAUCCAUACGCCGCAUAUGGCGGCUACGCCAACUACGUUGCCUUGUACCAGCAGUACUACACCCAGUAUGCACAAGGGCAGACCGGCGCCGCGCAGUCACCAACACAGGUUUCCGGCGCCGCGCCAGCAGCACCAGCUCCUCCACCUCCGAGCGACUCGGCACCUCCUCCGCCUCCCCCUCCGACCAGCGCCGCCCCGCCUCCACCCCCGCCCUCGGCAUCGCCCCCAGGCGCUCCUGGUGGCUACAGUGCUGUCCCUCCCCCUCCCGGUUUGUAA